CCAGCUAUAAAAUAGCUAAGCUGGCAACAGUGCACGGGAGACGACGCUGAAACGACGUCGAAGUUUUGGGCGAAUAAAAUAAUGCUGAAAUUGAAAGCAGCAGCCGAAAAACAAUUGCAAUGUGUGCAAAUGCAAGCAAUCAAUAUGUGUUUAUUAUCAAAGUGCGUGUGUUAAGCAAUAAGUGCGAUCUGUAGGCGUUGGAGAGAAGUCACAGGCAGGCAAGAGAGCCAGAGCCAGAGCAAGAAGCACACACUCAAACAUACACCACACACACACACACACAGACAGACAGACAGACAGACACAGGCAGACACAUAACAUGGAAUCGUCCAUUAAGCUUAAGGAGAAUGGUAAUCAAAACCAGAGCCUUAAUCAGAAUCCUCUCUGCAAUGGCAAUGGUACCACAACGACAACAACAACAACAACAACAGCAACAAUCACCACCGGAAACGGAACUGGAACUGGAAGUGGGAGUGGAAAUGGAAUUCAAAACGGAGUGACCGUUAGCAUUUGCAGCAGCGACAGCUUCAGCAGCAUGAUGCCCCCGCCCGCAACACAACGAGAUCAUGAACUGGUCAGCGCCAACAGCAUCGAACUGAAUGCGGCUGCAUCGCUGAGCGAUGACAGUGGAGUUCCCCUCACCACAAAUAGCUCCAUAUCGAGCGGUGACUCCUAUCGCAUUGGCAUGUGCAAGUUUGAAAUUGAGAUGGUGGAAAGUGAUGGCGAAGUGUCGCAGUUUGAUUCACUGGACAAUUGCUCGGAGGGCGGCAUGAGUGCUGAGAACUUUAAUACGCUGAAGAAGGGUCCAUUGGCACCGAUAGAUCCGCCGCCAGAGUUUCAGGAUUCACCGCAAACGACACUGGUGCGUUCGAUCUCCAAGAAUAUUGUGAAUAGCCUGCGACGCUGGACAUCGUCGCAGUCAUCGUUUGAGCAUCUGAAAGAUGAUGUGACCAUGGUCAGUGCAGCGGUUGCUAGUGGUGCCGCCAGCCAGGAGCUGGUGCUGCUCCUGGCCAAGCCGGAAACGCGCGAUGUGGGGACGACGCAUGCCACUGCCACAGCCACUGUGGUGGUGACCACACAGCCCACCGCAACGACGAUGCUGUGCCAGCAUCAGCAUCCACAUCCGCAUCCACAUUCACAUCCGCAUCCGCAUCAACAGCAGGAGCGUACGCUCAAGGAAUCGUAUGCCAUUAAUAAGCAUCUGUAUUCAAGCGAUUCCAUAUUAAAUAGCCAUUCGGAUAAUAUAUAUGAUGAGCCAAAUAAUAUAAUAAGCAGCUCGCUGGGCAACAGCAUAGACCUGCUCGACGAGGAUGACGAUGAUGAUGAUGAUGUUGAUGAGGGUGAGGACGAGGAGGAGGAGGAGGAAGCGGCCUCAGAGCAAAGCAGUUGCUCACCAUCGUUGCCAUCACCGCCGCCGCCCGUAUCCAUAAUAAAGAUUAAGCAAACGCUGUGUCCCUAUUAUCAGGAUCAUACGCGCUACUUCAAGGCCAUACCCACGGAACAGGAUAGCAUUGCCAGUGCCAAGGCGGCGGCGGCACAGCAGCGUUUCAAUAGCGCUGGAUUAUCGGAAAUACACGACUACGAUUUAUACUAUGGUGCACGUAGCAGGCAAACAACAACUGCAACUGCAACAGCAACAGCAACAUUGCAGCAACAACAUUCCCAACAACAACGACAGCAACAACAACUUCCACAGCAGACGGACAACAGCAGCUUGCAGCGUAGACAAUUGCUUUAUAGUCCAUUGGGACAUACGAGUCAUUGUCAUUAUCAUUCGCAUCAUUCGCAUUAUCAUCAUCCAGCGCAUCAUCAUCAUCAUCAGCAUCAUGGACAUUAUCAGCACGGACAGCGUCCCAAUUCAAGGAACUCGUUAAACAGUCGUCUCAGCAGCUCGCACAAUUCACUGAAUGUCUCGUCGGCGAAUAAACCCGACGAUUCGAUAUUCAUCACACAGGCAAUGUCUCAUGAUGCGUUGUUCACGCGCGAGAUCUCUGAUUUCUAUAAUGUACCCAUCGAUUCGGAUAUUUAUGCCUUUCCCGUUGACAUGAUCGAGCAGCAGCAGCAGCAGCAGCAACAACAAUUGGAGAAGCAGCAACAACAAUUGGAGAAGCAGCAACCGGCUUACCACAAGGCGGCAAGCAGACGCAACAAACGUAACAAGCGCAAGCAACGUUAUGCCACAGGUGCCACAACUGAGACGAGCGACGAUGGCGGUGACAAGGGAGGAGGAGGCGGAGGUGGUGGCAAGCAUGGUAAAUAUCGUACGCCUGUGCAGCAAAGUGAAGCGGAACCGUUGCACAUGACACUGGAUGAAGUGAAGCAAUUCUAUCAUACGCUCUAUUCGGAUGCUGGCAAAACAUCCUGGACAGCAGGCGGCAAUGUUGCUAUUGGUGUUGGUGUUGGUGCUGCUGGUGUUGCAAGUGUUGCUGGCAACAACAAAAUGUUAAACACUUCAGCAAUGGGCAAUGCCAAAGUCAUGGCCGUCAAGUCGAGCAAUGAGACGAUUUGGAGCGUGUCCACAAAUACCACCAAUACAACAAAUACAACAACAACGACGGCGCGCACGCGCAGCAGCAUUGGCACCAAUCGCACCACCAAUAAUGCUAGUGGUGGUGCUGGUGCUGGUGGUGGCGGUGGUGCUAGCAGCGGUGAGAGCAGCGCCAAAUAUCUGAGCAAACAGAACAAACAUAAUAUUGACAAUGAUAAGCUUAAUAAUAAUAAUAACAACAACAAUAACAUCAGCAACAACGGCAGCAAUUAUGCACAACAACAAACACCUGGAACACAGGUGCCAACCUCAUCGGAUAAGCUGCUGCUUGCCACAACAAACGACCAUCAAUUGUUGCACAACAACACGAACAACAAACACGUCUUGCACACGGAGAAAAAGUCACAAUUCUCAUUAAACUUGAAGCAAAAGUUUUGUAGCAUUUUUCGCUUUCGUCGCAGCAAUCACAAUCGUUGUCGUGCGAAUGCAGCCGCUGCUGCAGCGGCUGCGGCGGCAACAGCGGCAGCUGUCAGCGCCAACUCGACGUCAGCAGCGGCAGCGUCGGCCAGUUGUGCGGCAAGUGCCACAGAUGCCACAGAGGAGGCAAACAAUUGCCUCAAUCGAAGUGAACCAAAUGCCGAUUUGCGUAAAAAGUUUCAAUCACGUGCAUUACCGCCAUUGCCAAAAAAGGUAAACACCCUUGCAGCUUAUGCCAUUGAUGCCGCCGAGACGGAGACGGAGGAUCCAAAGAAGAGCAACGCCGCUCAGGAGCCGCGUGCGCUGCAGUUUACCUCAAGUAUUGAGAAGGUCAAAGACUAUGGCUGGUAUUGGGGUCCAUUGUCGAGUGAGGCCGCCGAGAAGGUGCUUUCUAAUGAGCCUGAUGGCUCGUUCAUAGUGCGCGACAGCUCCGAUGAUCAUUAUAUAUUCUCGUUGAGCUUCAAGCUGAACAACUGCGUGCGCCAUGUGCGCAUCGAGCAGGACCAGGGCACAUUCUCGUUUGGCUCGUAUGCCAAGUUCAAAUCCCAAACUAUAACCGAGUUCAUUGAGAAGGCCGUCGAGCAUUCGCGUAGUGGCAGAUAUUUAUUCUUUCUGCAUCGUCGGCCGGAACAUGGACCAAUGCGUGUGCAAUUAACCAAUCCCGUAUCUAGAUUUAAGCAUGUACAAAGCUUGCAGCAUAUGUGCAGAUUUGUUAUACUAAAGGCGGUUAUACGAAAGGAUCUAAUACAGACAUUGCCAUUACCAAGAAGACUUCUAGACUAUCUUAACUAUAAGCAUUGCUACUCCGAGCAGGUGGAAAGCGACAGUUCGCACUCGCAGAUUUCCGGCGAGGGAUCCAUGUAAAAUUUAGCAAGACAACUGACGACAAAAAUGAUAAUUAUUGACUUGUGACAGGAGAAAAAACAGGAACAGAAUGCGAUGAUGACGACGAAAGUGAAAGCGAAAGCAAACAGAAAUUAUUACAUUAUAUAAGUAGUAGAAUUUAAAAACAGAUAAACAAAUGAUUCAGCAAACAAGAGCAAUGGCAUUUAAACCGUUAAAACCACAACAACAAAACCAACAGCAAAUUGUUGUUGUGUAAAAAAAAACAUACAAACAAUCGAAAGGAUGACGAAAAAACAAAAUUCAAAACUCUGUUAAUUGAUCAUUUUUUGUACUCGGUGCUAUACUAUAAAUAUUAACUAAUUAAUGAAAAGUAAAUGCAAAAACAAAACAUAUUAUAUAAAUUAAAAUGAUUAUGCGUAGCCAAGUAAAAAACAAAAACAACAAGAAACAAUAGCAACACAGGCAACAAGAGACGAAAAUACAAGAAACAAACAAUAGAUGUAUAUAAUUAUGCAUAACUAUAACAAUUAUAAUAGAUAACAAAUGACAAAAACAAACAAACAAACAAAAAAACAGCCAGCUCCAAACUUUGUGCACGACAUGUCGAUUCGAUUCGAGUGUGAUGAAAUUCUAGAAUUGUAUAACUUUAAUGCUUGCCUUUUAGCUGUGAUUUCCCCCAAAAAAAUGUAACAUUCAGAUAGAGAGAGAGACCGUAAGAAUGUGAAAGAAAGAGAGAGAGAAAGAGAGAUGUGUGUAUUAUUAUAAGAUAAGUUUAAGAUAUGAAGAAUGUUUCUCAAUUUACAAAUGCUUCAAUUCGAGUUAAUCUUCUGUUUGUUAAACUAAUAAAUUUGCUCAAGUAAUAAUCAACGAUACAACGAAGCAACAUAACAUGAUUAUAGAUAUAUAUAUAUAUAUAUAUGUAUAUAUAAAUAUAUUUGCUUAUCUAUAAUGUUAGUUUUGUAACUUACGAAUCUUUGGCAAAUUUAUGGUCUGACACUGCGAAAAAUACUCAAAAAUUGCUCAAAAUAUUUGUCGCUUCUUGUUAAAAAAUUGAUAUUAAUUAUUGUGUUGUAGAAAUGCAAAUCAUCACCUUUAUCAGCAUCAUCGAAACGCUCUCUAUAAAUCGUGCCCAGAGUUUAAACAAAAAUCUUGGCUAACACAACAAAAUAUGAAUUAAACGAAACGAAAUGAUUACGAAAUAUGCAUUAAACAUCGGAUAAAUAAGCAUAAAUGUUGAUGCUAAUUAUUAAUUAUGUAUAAAAUAUUAUUAUUAUGUAUUUGAUUAGUUGAGGAGUUGGGGGGCGGGGGAUAUUGCAAACGAGAAUUCGCUUGCCAAACGCAAUAUGUACAUUGAUUUUAUGCAUUAAUUAAUUGAAUAAUUGUUAAACCAUAUUUGUUUUGUACUUAUUUGUUAUUUAUGUUUUAGGCUCAUUUCGAUACAUUAUUUUUUCCCAUUUACCUAUUUUUUUUAUUUGUUUUUAAUUUAAUUGUAUUGAAGUACACUUUGUAUAUAUUUAUGUUUAUAAAUUCACGAAUAAUAUAUAACAUAUAUGUGUGUGUAUGUGAACAAACAAACGAAUGUCAAUGAAUUCUGUUUUAUUUUCAAACCAAACAAAAAGCGAAAUACACCAACAGUUGCAAUUAAAUUACACUAUGCAACAAAUUCUACGAACCCUUCAACUAUGUUACACUAUGUUCUCUGUUCGAUUUGGCAUCUUGUUGCAUAGUGUGUUCUCUGUCUAUGGAAAUGAAUUAAGCAAUAGAACAAAAUACAAAA